CUUCUACUUGCUCAAAUCAAGUCUAUCUGAGUUAUUCACGCGAUGGAAGCGGGUCGUUUUAUCCCUUGGCAAAAUGCUCGUUAUAGAUUGCGUAAUCUAUGUCGGAUUGACGAAAUAUUCCGACAGUCAACGAAUGUACUUCACUUACUUGACGACACUAGCCCAUCUGAUAUUUGCCAGUGAACUAAUCGGGGUUAACUCCAUCAACUAUAUCAAUACCAUAACCAUCAAGAAGAUCACCACCAAGAUCCAGUAUGAUAACAACUGGUUCAUAAACCAACGAUUCAUCAACUCAUUAAUAUGCUUUGUGAUUAUCAACUACAUCACCUAUGUGUUAAACUGGUUGAAUUUCACCCUAAGACUUAAUUUAACCCCGCCAAUCAGUCAGGCAGACAAUUUAUAUUUAACAAUUUCAAUUCAUAUCAUACUUCAGACCAUCUUAUUUAAAAACUCAUCCAUCAUUCAAAACUCGAUCCCCAAUUUGACUGAUGAAGUCAGUGUCAAUGUCGAUGACAAUAAGUUAUUAGAUAUCGACAUUACCCAACUUAAGCAGAUCAAUCCAUCCAACCAAUCCAUUGCCGUUAAGAAUUUUGAGAAUUUCAUCAUAUCCCCGAUCAACAGCAAGUUGUCUGUGCUUAGCAAAUCAGACAAGGUAGUCACCACCAAUAGCAAGUCUAAUAAUGUCACCACAAUAAACAACAAGAUUGUCAUUCAACCAUUCUGGAAUAUCAUUGCUGCGUUCAAGUCGAUACUCAAGAAUAAGGAUUUGUUUAAUCAUGCUGUCACGGAUGAUGAAGAGAUUGCCGAUAGUGUCAAAGUAUCGGUUGUGAUGUGUAAUUCCAACAAGGUUGUUCUUCAAUUAUUUGACCCCGUGGAAAGAUUAUUGGUGAAGCUUAAUCAAAUCAAUUGGAUGUCGUUCAAGACCAUUGACAACUAUUUGAUAAUUUACGACUUGGCCCUGGCAUUCAAGUAUGAAAUCGUUUUGUAUCAAGAUGAUACCCCUGUGAACAAAACUGUGGUAGUAACCACGGGUUCAGUAUCUUUCGCUUGCGGCUCCGGUUCUAUCGGUACGAUCCAAACCUCAUUGUCAACCACCAUGUCCAAACUCACUCAACUCCGACAAAAAUUCAAAAAGUACAAACGAGAUGAGAACAAGCGGAUUACAGAAUUACGUAACUCCAUUGACGUGAUAAAGACCCGACUCACCAAGCAAAACACCCCCAAGCAUAAUGAUAUCAGGUUAGUUGGGAAAAUCAAGGGUUUGAAACAGACGGUGAUUCAAUUGGAACACGACAUUGACCAACUCCUGGCUGAAAUCAAACAAUUGACUAUUCAAGAAAAUGAAAUUAGUCAACAGUUUGAAAUCAAGGAUGAAGAGUAUGCCAGUGAGGUGCAACUAUUAGAGCAAGAAUACGAAGACUACUUGUCUCGAUUGAAUAAAUUGCGUGCAGAAUUGAAGAACAUCAAGGGUGAGUGUCAGACAAUCCUUGCCAAGAACCACAAAUUACAAGUGAAGCAAUUGAACAAACAAGACGAAAUCAAGACAUUAACCAAUGAACUCAACGACAUCAAGUCCCGUGAAAUACUUGACAAAUUCAAAACAAGAACCAGGAAAACCAACGACAAGUUUGACUACAUUUUACCGAAAUUAAUUCACGAAACUGAAGUAUUGACAAAAAUGUUCUCCGACAGACAAUAAAUAAUGUGUAUAUUUUAUUUUUUAAAAUUAUUUACAGGUUAACUAAUUUCCUUUAAUGACUCCCCCACACUGUGGAACCCCCGAUUGUAGUACAACACUCCUCCUCCUCCUCCACUUUUUUCAUCUCCUCCACGUAAGAUAUCCACCACGUCAACCACCCAAAUUUCAUGCAGGUCAACCUUGAAAUUCUCCCUUGCUUUACAAAUAAACACAAUCUCCGCCUCGUUCAAAAUGGGCACCUUUACGUCGUCCACAUCGUGAUAUCGAAACUCGUUCUGUUCCAACUUCUCAAACGGCCUUGUCAUUUCAUGGAAUAUUCUCCCAUCCCUGAUCUCCUCUUUGCUUGUUCCUAACACUAACUCUUUCUGGUUAUCUUGCUUCACACCCUUGGCGAAUAUUCGCAAGAGAUGUACGGACUCGGCACUGGGUGGCAAUAUGUGAAUGGCACAUAUUCGACAUGAAUGUAACUCGCGCGAGGUGUAUGAUGGUAAAUGUAAAUUGAACUGAAGUACUGGUUUAGGAUAUAUCGAUAGCGAGCAGACACUACCUAGAGUCAUUCCAUGGAGUUGGUUUAUUGGUGUUGCAUGGGGAGUACCUGAUGUCAAUAUCAUUGCUUGUUGGGAGACUCGCGACAUUGAUUGUCGGAAUUGGUCCGAUAGCACUUUCAUGCUAUAUAGUCUGCGAAACAUAUUACUUGUGCUAGGUUAAAU